AUGCCUAGGAGUGAGGCAUUUGGACCAACCUUGAGUGACCAACCAUUGGAGCAAGUGUUGGUUUUGGAGAAGAGUAUUGUUGAGAUUGGUGAUGAACAAAGGGUGAAUUGGAAGCUUGAGUGCCGAAAGGUAGAAGAAGUAUACAAUGUGUCCAAGACCAAGAAGCCUUCUGAGACCCAGGCACCGAAUGCCAAUAAAGCAACAGGCUCAAAUUAUUGGAAGGACAAUAAAAUGAAGGGUAAAAAGCUGAAUGUGAACAAUCCGUUUGACUUGUUCAAAAAGCCUGAAACUCAAAAGAAUUUUGUUGAUAGAGGCCCUCCUCCCAAGUGUAAAGGGUGUGGAAAAGAACAUAGAGGUCCUUGUGCUACGGGUGAAGUUAUUUGCUAUAAGUGUGGAAGAGCCGGCCACUACUCUAGGCAGUGUCCUCAGCAUGAAGUGAGGACUAUGGCAGUUCAAGCUACUAUUAUUCCUGUCUCAGUUGUUCCACCUAUGAAGGAGUCCCAGACGGUUGGUAGGGUAUACACCAUGGACCGUCAACAAUCCGAAAAGUCUCCAAACCUUGUGAAAG